AAAAUCUACCAUGGCCACGGGGUUUGCCAAGUACAAAAUCCAAGCAGUCAUUCUGCAGAGUUCAAUCAUGGACCCUGGAUAGUGAAAUUGAUUGGUCCCACAAAACACCUGCGCUCUCACAGAGAAAAAUCACAAUUUUUUUGCGUCCUGGAAUUGGAUCCUAUAAACUAUAUGACGAAAUGUCGCAAAUAGACCCUUCAACACCACCCUCAAAUCUGAGUGAAGGUUUGUCAAUUAUAAGUUUAAGACUACUUCUUAUGUUACUCAUACCGUGCGUGGUUCUUCUGCUGCUGUUGAACUGUUUGUUCCUGGGUUACAAGUUACACAUUUUUUCAAAGAAGAACAGAAAAAGACAAGACAACGAAAGUAUUUUACAGUCUACUCUUUCGACGCGCCAGAGAAUGACCAUAAUAUCAGAGCCGCCAUUUGUCCCAAAUCAAGAUGGGAAAGGAGGUUAUAUCUCUGUUUCAGAGUCUAUUUUGGCGCAGGCCUUGAGCUCUCCACGUUCCUCUCCAAAUGACAAGGCAGCAGUGGAGCAGAGUAUCCGAUUCGUCCGUCUGGUUGGGGCCACAGGCGAUGGUGGUUCGGAGUCCCUGGGGGCUCCGAGCGCCAUAUUGGCGACAACAGCCGAUAUCAACUCCAGGAUCGACCAGCCCCGUAGGUCAAGCGUGUACAGUAGGAAUAAAAUAGGGUGGCGCAGAAGCGCCCCUGUCCUACCGCAGUCAAGUGAUUCAGAGGCAGAACUGCCUAACCUUGUGCCACCCAAUUCACCUGCGCUCAAUGAUACACACUCAAGGGUAACACCUGACCAGGGGCACAUGCGUCGGUGCAGCACCAUGGAGCUGCAAUAUGUAUUGAACAACACAGAGGAACACAAGUUUGAUAUGGUUGAAUUCGAAUGUGAAUAUGCCAGUAGCAUACCUCCAGAGACUUCGUGCUUUGUUGCAUCUGACAACUCUUCCACAAUGGGUCCUGGAUUGGACAGCGACUUUGGAGCAAGCGCAGGUGUCUCGCUCCGAAUUCUGUCUGCAGACAGCGACGGUCUCACCAACAGAAUGUGGGCCUCAGGAAUGGAUUGGGACUAUUAUGACCCGUGCUAUGUGAGGGAGAGACACAUACCCAAACAAAAAUAUCACAAACCUGCAUUACAUACCAAGCAUUAUUGGGUAUGA